AUGUCAUCAGAAGUUGGAGGUCACCAUGGUGGUGUUCGUACCGCCGCUAAAGUUCUUCAGAGUGGAUACUACUGGUCGUCACUCUACAAGGAUGCACAUCAGUUUGCAAAGAAAUGCUCUAAAUUGGCAACCCCAUAUCAUUCCCAAACAAGUGGCCAAGUCGAAGUGUCGAAUCGGGAAAUCAAAAGCAUCUUGGCAAAGACAGUAAAUGUCAAUAGCACUGACUGGUCUAGGAAACUCGAUGAUGCAUUAUGGGCAUAUCAGACUGCAUACAAAACACCUAUCUGGAUGUCUCUAUAUCAGUUGGAUUAUGGUAAGGCUUCUCAUUUGCCCAUCGAAUUAGAACACAACGCAUUGUGGGCAUUGAAAGCUUUAACUUUGGACUGGUCAAAAACUUCAAGAGAGAGAGUAGAGCAGCUAAACGAACUGGAUGAAUUUAGACUUAGAUCAUAUGAAAGUUCAGUCAUCUAUAAUGAGAAGAUGAAGAAAUGGCAUGAUGCUCGGAUACUCAAGCGAGAUUUGAAGGUAGGAGAUUGGGUUUUGCUAUACAACUCUCAACUUAGACUCUUCCCCGGAAAGCUCAAAUCCAAAUGGUUUAGACCGUUUAGAGUAACGCAAGUGUUCAUCAAUGGUGCCAUAGAAGUUGAAGAUCAGGAAGGACCUCCAUUUACAGUGAACGGCCAACGUCUAAAAUUGUAUCUGGGGGAUUGUUAA